AUGGUGGUGACGGCCCAUUUUAUCGACUCAGAUUUCCAUUUACACAAGAGGGUGCUCAACUUUUGUAAGAUUACUUCUCAUAAAGGUGAAGACAUAGGAAGGUGUCUCGAAGAGAAGUUGGUCGAAUGGGGCAUAAGUAAGGUGUUUACCGUUACCGUAGACAAUGCGAGCUCCAAUGAUGUGGCCGUGGAGUAUUUGAAGAAUCAACUCCGGAAGCAUGAUAGUGAUAGUCUUAUGCUUGAUGAAAACUUGCAUAUGAGUGCGAGGUUGGAUAAGUUUCGGGAGUAUGCGGUUUUAGAGAAGAAGGACAAAAUGUCCACUAUCCCUAUGGAUGUUGUGACUCGGUGGAAUGCCACAUAUAUCAUGCUUCAUGGUGCUUACAAGUUUAAAGGUGUAUUUGCAAGGAUGGUGGAAAAAUUUACGCCAUUUAAGACAUACUUUGAAGAUGGAAGAGUGGGGCCUCCGAUGGAUGAAGAUUGGGAAAAGGCUAUGGGAUUUGCACAUUUUCUCAAGAAGUUCUAUGAUGCCACCAUCAAGCUUAGUGCCACCAAGACUCCAACCUUGCAUCUUGUUCUAAAAAUCUUGAUAAACUUGAAGAUUGAGAUUAAGGCUAGAAUUAGAGAUAAGAAAAAUAUUGUGUUGCAAAAUGUGGCUACUUCUAUGAAGAAGAAGUUUGAUAAAUAUUGGGGCUCUUUGGAAGAUAUGAACAUGUUAAUGUUUGUAGCCCAAACCCUUGAUCCACGAUAUAAGUUUCAAUUGAUGGAGUUGCAAUUAGGGGAGCUUGGCUACACUCUUAAUGAAGUUGAGCACCUCAAGAGUCGGGUGAAAGCACACUUGUAUCUUAUGUAUGAAAUUUACAAAGGAACGGAAAAGUCAUAUGUGGAUGUGCAUGAGGAUGUGGAUGAUGGUGUUGAUCUUGGUGAUGAUGAUGGUGAUGAUGAUGAUGUGGAAGUUCGGAUAGAGCGGAGACUUAAUAAGAAAAGAAAGAAAGCAAAACUCAAAGAGAUAGCUAAUGAAAUUGACAAGUACUUUAAUGAUGCAUAUGAAAGUACAAAGAAUGAGGAUUUCGACUUAUUGGGGUGGUGGAAAAGUAAAAUCUCAAACUACUCUAUUCUUUCCAAGGUUGCUAAGGAUGUACUUGCUUUUCCUAGUUCGACCGUUGCUAGUGAAAAUGCCUUUAGCCUUGGAGGAAGGAUUGUGGAUCCGUUUAGAGCUUCUUUGACAUCUAGGAUGGUCGAGGCCUUAGUUUGCACAAAUGAUUGGCUUAAAGGAGAGGGAUUUCAAUUUCACAAGGAGCCUACGGAAGAAGAGCUUGAGUUCUACAUGGAACUCGAACAAUUGGAACAAAAUAUUCUCAAUACAAAUGAAAUGCCACCACCUCCAUCUAAAAGUGCAAAUCCACCCGAGUCCGGAGUUAAAAAAUUACCGUCACAUCCAUCUCGAGGGGGAAGAGGGGGAAGGGUUCGAUCAAACCGUGGUGGACGUGGCGGUGGAGCUACAUCAUCGAGCAAAUUAAUAGAUGAGGAGUAG